CAACUCGGUCGGCCGCCGCCAUCUUGAGAGCUUGUCGUAGUGUUGGUGCGGGAAGGCGCUUUGACGCCGCACCGCUCACCUACACCGAGGCGGACUGGCAGCCCUGAGCGUCGCAGUCAUGCCGGCCGGACCCGUGCAGGCGGUGCCCCCGCCGCCGCCCGCGGCCACCGAGCCCAAACAGCCCACAGAAGAAGAAGCAUCUUCAAAGGAGGAUUCUACCCCUUCCAAGCCCGUGGUGGGUAUUAUUUACCCUCCUCCGGAGGUCAGGAACAUCGUUGACAAGACUGCCAGCUUUGUGGCCAGAAAUGGACCUGAAUUUGAAGCGAGGAUACGACAGAACGAGAUCAACAACCCCAAGUUCAACUUCCUGAACCCCAACGACCCUUACCAUGCCUACUACCGGCACAAGGUCAGCGAGUUCAAGGAGGGCAAGGCUCAGGAGCCCUCGGCCGCCAUCCCCAAGGUCAUGCAGCAACAGCAGGCCUCCCAGCAGCAGCUGCCCCAGAAGGUUCAAGCCCAAGUGAUACAAGAGACCAUUGUGCCCAAAGAGCCGCCUCCCGAGUUUGAGUUCAUCGCAGACCCCCCUUCCAUCUCAGCCUUCGACCUGGACGUGGUGAAGCUGACGGCUCAGUUUGUGGCCAGGAAUGGGCGCCAGUUUCUGACCCAGCUGAUGCAGAAAGAGCAGCGCAACUACCAGUUUGACUUCCUGCGCCCGCAGCACAGCCUCUUCAACUACUUCACGAAGCUGGUGGAGCAGUACACCAAGAUCCUGAUUCCACCCAAAGGCUUAUUUACCAAACUCAAGAAAGAGGCAGAGAACCCCCGGGAAGUUUUGGACCAGGUGUGCUACCGCGUGGAGUGGGCCAAGUUCCAGGAGCGCGAGAGGAAGAAGGAAGAGGAGGAGAAGGAGAAGGAGCGGGUCGCCUACGCUCAGAUCGACUGGCAUGACUUCGUGGUGGUGGAAACAGUGGACUUCCAACCCAACGAGCAAGGGAACUUCCCCCCGCCCACCACCCCGGAGGAGCUGGGGGCCCGGAUCCUCAUUCAGGAGCGCUACGAGAAGUUUGGGGAGAGCGAGGAGGUCGAGAUGGAGGUCGAGUCCGAUGAGGAGGACGAGAAACAGGAGAAGGCGGAGGAGCCUCCGUCCCAGCUGGACCAGGACACCCAAGUACAAGACAUGGACGAGGGUUCGGAUGAUGAAGAGGAAGGGCAGAAAGUGCCGCCCCCCCCGGAGACGCCCAUGCCGCCACCUCUGCCCCCAACUCCAGACCAGGUCAUUGUCCGGAAGGACUACGACCCAAAAGCGUCCAAGCCGCUGCCUGCGGCCCCCGCUGCCGAUGAGUAUCUUGUGUCCCCCAUCACUGGGGAGAAGAUCCCCGCCAGCAAGAUGCAGGAGCACAUGCGCAUCGGGCUCCUCGACCCCCGUUGGCUGGAGCAGCGGGAUCGCUCCAUCCGUGAGAAGCAGAGCGACGACGAGGUGUACGCGCCAGGUCUGGAUAUCGAGAGCAGCUUGAAGCAGCUGGCCGAGCGGCGUACGGACAUCUUUGGUGUGGAGGAAACAGCCAUCGGUAAGAAGAUUGGCGAGGAGGAGAUCCAGAAGCCGGAAGAGAAGGUGACCUGGGACGGCCACUCUGGCAGCAUGGCCCGGACCCAGCAGGCCGCCCAGGCCAACAUCACCCUCCAGGAGCAGAUUGAGGCCAUCCACAAGGCGAAGGGCCUGGUGCCAGAGGAUGACACCAAAGAGAAGAUCGGCCCGAGCAAGCCCAGCGAGAUCCCCCAGCAGCCGCCACCGCCGUCCUCAGCCACCAACAUCCCCAGCUCGGCCCCGCCUAUUACGUCGGUGCCCCGGCCGCCCGCGAUGCCGCCUCCCGUCCGCACCACGGUUGUGUCCGCAGUACCCGUCAUGCCCCGGCCCCCGAUGGCAUCCGUGGUCCGGCUGCCCCCAGGCUCGGUGAUCGCCCCCAUGCCGCCGAUCAUCCAUGCGCCCAGGAUCAACGUGGUGCCCAUGCCUCCCUCGGCCCCUCCUAUCAUGGCACCUCGCCCACCACCCAUGAUUGUGCCGACAGCUUUUGUGCCCGCCCCACCUGUGGCACCUGUCCCUGCUCCAGCCCCCAUGCCGCCUGUCCACCCCCCGCCUCCCAUGGAAGACGAGCCUGCGUCUAAGAAACUGAAGACCGAGGACAGCCUCAUGCCCGAGGAGGAGUUUCUGCGCAGAAACAAGGGUCCAGUGUCUAUCAAAGUCCAGGUGCCCAACAUGCAGGAUAAGACGGAAUGGAAACUGAACGGACAGGUGCUGGUCUUCACCCUCCCCCUCACAGACCAGGUCUCUGUCAUCAAGGUGAAGAUUCACGAAGCCACAGGCAUGCCAGCAGGGAAACAGAAGCUGCAGUACGAGGGCAUUUUCAUCAAGGAUUCCAACUCGCUGGCUUACUACAACAUGGCCAACGGUGCCGUCAUCCACCUGGCGCUCAAGGAGAGAGGCGGGAGGAAGAAGUAGGAGAAACCUGCUGUCAGGUCCUGCCACUGCGGCUUUGCCUCUCCUGCCCCCCACCCCCUGGCCCCGAGCCAGGAGACCCUGACUUGCACAUUGUGUCCCUCUUACUUACUAAGUUUGGAAAUUCAAAUUGGCUGGCAGAGUUCCCCACCCCCAUCCCCCAACGUUGAUCGCAGAGGGCUUUCUCAGGCUCUCUCCUCCCCAGUGGUCCCUGGAAUCCCUCUGUGCUCUGGUCUUGGUUUGAGAGCAUUCACUUCUUCAGGCAGCCUGUUAGGAAACAUGAAACCAGGGAUGUCCUGUAGGAUGUGACCACAGUGCCAAGUGGCUCAUAGGUGUGGCUGUCGUCAUGGUCGAUCAUUUUGUAUUUUGCCGUGGGCUAAUAAACCUCUCCAACCCCUCUUGUGAAA